AUGGACGCUGUGGAGGUCGAGUCCAAUAAACAGAGCCAUCAGUAUACCGAGUCCAGUAAGCAGAGCCAUCAGUGUACGCAGCCCAACGUCUGGGCCGAAGCAUACCAGCUUUCAGUAGAGGCACCACUCUACAGCCUUCCCUCCAACGAAGAGCUGAGACAAAGCGAGAUGGCACGCUUCCGUCACGCGUCUAUCGAUCAAGGAACCAAAUCGAUACGGCUUCUGAGAAUAAACGAAGAGCUUUCAGGAAAAGGACUCAUUCAGUGCAGCAUGAUCCACGCCACUACCAGUGCCACGUACAUGUGUUUGUCCUAUGUCUGGGACUUCUCCUCGCAACCUGAACCGGAGCCCGAACCGCAUUGUGAAGUCAAACCUUCGUAUUUCGACCAGGGGUUUGGAUACUCGUCGCCGGGAACUCUCCACCACAACUUCUCCUACUUGUCGCUAAAAGGGGACCAUGAUUCCCACCGACCCCGACUUCGCGUUAUCCUGAUAGACGACUGCCCAUUUCUCGUGCUCCAGAAUCUGUUCGAAUUCCUCUGCAUGGCGCGCGAGGGAACCUUUGACUUAUCGACACCUCUAUGGAUCGAUGCUCUGUGUAUCGACCAAACGAAUCUGUCGGAGAGAAACCACCAGGUCGCACAGAUGGGGGAAAUCUACUCGUCUGCAAAGUCUGUGCACGCAUGGCUGGGCAAAGUGGCAUGGUCCGUACCCGAAGAGCCCGAGACGAGAAUGUUCGAUCCAGCGAAGGGCUGGAUCAAGAAAAGACGCUCAGAUCACAGCCCAAGACCGUUGCUGGAAGACAUCCUAUCGGUGCUGUUGUCAGACCGUAAUUUGCACGUCGCACGCAAUCCAGAUCUGGAAGAAGGCCUGUUCGAGCAGUUUAUGCGGAAUCCUUACUGGGAGCGUGCUUGGGUCAUGCAAGAGAUGUUCCUGGCUCGGGAACUGACAUUCUGGCUCGAUGCCCUGCCCAUGGACAAGAGCGGUCUAUCAAGACUAGAGGAAUGUGUCAAAGAGUCACCCCGAUCCGGUAGACUCCUUGGUUGGUUCAGCAAAUCGUGGGAACACUACUUGGCCUACAGUUCCCACUUCAUCAAGAGUAAACCGCCAUCCGACCUGUUGUCGUUGCUUGCUGAGUUCCCAAAUAGGAAGUGUGCCAAUCCACUGGACCGCGUUUUCUCACUGCUAGCCAUAUGUCCGGGAGAGAAGUCAAACAUAGCGGUCGACUACGGCAUGAGUGUCGGAAGGCUCACGUAUCAGGUCCUCUAUUACCAACCAGAGCGGCUAUGCAUUUGCUCUGCCAGCAUCGUGAUAAAUUCACUGAAGGAUGGUCUCAGCAUCUGUUCAUCCAGCGACGAACUCCACAUCCCCUGGCUUGAAUUCCGUCUACCAGCAACAGACAUCGUGAUGCAAAAGCGACCCCGGCGUCAGCCCAGCCGAGCCUCCAAACGCGAAAACAUCCUACUGUCUAUGGACUGCUCGGCUGUUUGCAGAGCCUCAGGCCCAUGGAGAGAUCAAUGGAGCGUGCCCUCAACACCCACCAGACACGCCCGAGCAGUAGCCACCGACGCACGAAAGGAGACGUACACGAUUCGGGUAGCAUUGGACUUCUUCUGCUCCCAGUCAAUACACGAGCGGCGCCUCUGCGAGAACGCGCGAUCGUCUCAGUCGACCGGGGUUCGCUUGGGAUGGGGAUGA